AUGACACCGGAAAACGAAAUAAGAAGCUGGACCCGGCACUCCGAAGACGACGGCGCCACUUACCUAUGCUCGACGGACCCCAAGUUGGUGCAGCUGGACGCCCUCGGCGCCGCGCUUGCGUCCGACAUGCUGUGGUGGGCGCAGCCGCUGGCCGAGGACGAGCUGCGCCGGACGGUGGAGCAUUCGCUUUGCUUUGGGCUCUACGUGAUUGGGCAGACGACGGCGGACGGAGGGAACGAAGAUCCGUCGUCACCGCCGCUAGGAAAGACGGGGGAAAUGGUGGGCUUCGCGCGGCUCAUCACCGACUACGCAACGUUUGGGUGGCUGACGGACGUGUAUGUGCUCCCGGAGCACCGGGGCAGGGGCCUGGGCCAGUGGCUGACCAUGUGUCUGGAUGAGGUGGUGUGCGCAUGGCCGAGGCUGCGGCGCUGUAUGCUGAUGGCGGGGAACCCUACAACGGCGAAGAUGUACGAGUCGACGCUCGGGAUGAAUAUUGUGUGCGAAAAGGGGACGGGUUCGGGACUCCUUAUCAUGGAGAAGCCCGGUCGCGUGGCUAUCACGCCCAAGAAUCAUCACUAG